AUGAGCUUCAUUCAUUACCAAUCCAUCGACCGCCCACCCACGAACCAGUUCGACUCGACGGUGCGCAUCAGACAUCUCACGAUCCAGACAUAUCUCCCCGCGAUGGCCAACUACAUGCGAUCCGCCGUCUCCUACAUGGGUGCGCAGUUUGAUAACAAGGUCGCGGAUCAAGAUGCCCGAGAGAGGUUUUAUCGGAAUGCGGUGGUCUUUUCAAGACAUCAGCCUUUCCUCGCUUCGUUCAUCGCGAUCCAGCUGCUAUUCGGUAUCCUUCCGGUGUUGGGGUUGCUAGGCUUCGCACUGGGCGUCAUCGGUGUUGCAGUAGGCUUCAUAGCGUUCUGGGUCGGGGUUGGAUUAUGCAUAAUGCUCUCCGCACUCGCAUUUACUGCCACGAUCGCAACCUGCAUCUGGGCAUCCCUCAUCACCACCCUCCUCUUCUUCCGCUGGGGCAUCAACAUCUUCCUGUCGACGCCUGCCAGCACUAGUCCCAGCACCCCGCAGAAGAAGCAAGAGGAGACCAGCCAAAAGCGUGUGGAGGCUGAGAAGAACGGCACCUACGACCAGAAGGAGAACAGAAGCCCCUCAGAAGUGCCAAUCAAGACCGAAGAGCCCGAAGACGACGAAAACCAGAAAGUUUAUGGCGCGCUUACCGACACGAGCAGUGAGGGGGAUGGGGACAGUAUGACGCCGCUGGCGUCAUAUGAUGCGAAUGAGCUGAGCCAGUAUACGAACCGCGUCAAGAGCGAGGACCUGAAGGCGGCGUAUACGCCGGUGAUCAUGUCGGAUGCGGAGAAGAUGAGGAGGGAUAUUGAGCGUAGCUUGAAAUAA